AUGUCUUCCUCAGCAAAAGAAAAGGGAGUUUGCGCCUACUUCAGGCGCAAGAAAAGUGAGCUCAAGGCAAGGUUCAAGUCGCCCAGCACAUUGGAUAUUUCUGCGUCUACAUCCUCUAUUCAGACCAACACUCAGCCAUUACGCGCAGAACCAGUAGUCUCACAGAUACAUUCCACAACAAGUGAAGAUGUCGUGCUUGCUGAAAGCUCACCGCAACUUCCGGAUAAAAGUCAACCGUCGGUCAUAAUUCGUCCAUUCGAUGGCACUCACCCGACUAACAGCACUGCAACUUCCAGGGUACCUCAGCCUACUAACCAUAAGCCCCCGGCCUUGCAAACUCUGGGCAGUACUUUAGAGAAGUUGAAUAAAGCAGCGAAGGUGUUUCCGCCUCUGCAAGCGGCUAUUGGAGGACUGGUAUCCUGCGUUGAACGCAUAGACUUGAGUUCAAAGCAUCAUAAUGAAAUGGAGGAGCUAGCGACAAAGCUGGGUUCACUUGGCGCAUCGCUCCGCCUGCACAUACAAGAAUCCCGAUCAACGGAGGUUUCCGAGUUUCUCGAAGGGAAGGCAGCGUCUAUCGAAGAACAAGUGGCGAUCAUCCGUAGAAAGCAGGCCCACGGGACAGCAGGGUACUAUAGGCAAGCCGAACGAGAUGAAGCAGACAUACUACAAGGGUACAGGCGCAUUACUGAGAUCCUCGGAGAUAUACAGACCGACGCGAAUUUGAGUAUGUGGAAUAUAGUCGCAGAGCAGCGUGCAGACACUCGUCUCGACUCUUUGUCGCCCGUCAACCUUGCUAUCUACAACUCACUUUUAUCCCAUGACGUCCACCGCAGGGAAUGCACCAAAGAUACUCGAUCAAAUAUCCUGCUCGAGCUCGAUCAGUGGUCGCUAGAUCAGACUAAGCCUAAGGUGUUCUGGAUGAACGGAAUGGCCGGCACAGGCAAAACAACCAUCGCAUACACCUUUGCCCAGUCCCUCAAGGCCCGCGGGGCGCUCGGCGCCAGCUUCUUUUGCACCCGUAUCUCGGACGAAUGUCGGGAUGUCGGCAGAAUCAUACCGACCAUCGCCCAUCAGCUUGCACUUUACUCGCCUUCUUUCCGAUCGGCGCUGUUGCGAGUGUUGAGACAAGAGCUGAACAUCAAGUCACAGUCGAUCGACAGUCAGUGCGAGCGACUUAUCAAGGAACCGCUAUCACAAGUGAACAACGGAAUGACAAAAGGGCUUGUGGUCGUCAUCGAUGCCCUCGACGAAUGCAGCAAUGCUAAUGGCGUGCGAACAAUCCUGGACGUGCUUUUCAGGAUCACCCCCGCCCUGCCUCUCAAGUUCUUCGUCACCAGCCGACCCGAGCCGGACAUCCGCCACAGGAUCGAAGCGCAGUCUGACCGCAACCGGUCGAUAUGCGUGCUACAUGAGAUCGAAAAGUCGCUAGUGGAAGCAGACAUCGAGCUAUACCUUCGUGAGGAACUUGGUAACGGCGUCCCUGAGCAUGAGUUGAUCAAACUCGCCAAACGGUCUGAAAACCUAUUCAUAUAUGCGGCCACGGCGAUUCGAUACAUUCGACCGACAGGGACCAUGGUCGACCCAGAUCGACUCGAGGCCAUUCUGAUCUCACCAGCCAACUCGGGCUUUCAGCAUUCGGAAAUUGACAAGCUCUACACCACCAUUCUAGAGGCCGCGGUGCAUCAGUCUGGCCGGGAACCGCAAGAGCAGCAACAGAUGCGACUGAUACUCUGGACCGCAGUUUGUACGCGGGAGCCGGUCGACAUCGAUACACUGGCAGCCCUGACGGGGAUCAAGACAACAAAGGUCAACACACUGCUACAGUCCCUAUACUCGGUGCUGCACGUUUCGCAAGCAACCACGAUGAUCACCACGCUGCAUGCAUCAUUUCCCGACUUCAUGUUUGACAAGGCGCGGUCGACCAAGUUCUACUGCGACGAAGCAAAGCACAGUCAGCUGCUCGCCAAACGGUGCUUUGAGGUGAUGGAAGACCAGCUGCGAUUCAACAUCUGUAGUCUAGAGACGUUGUUCAUACCCAAUAGUGAAGUGCAAGACCUAGAAGAUUGGAUAGCAAGGUCAAUCUCGCCAACGCUGUCAUACGUAGUGCACCAUUGGGGAGACCAUGUAGUCAAGAGCACGCCAUGCAAGGUAAUAAGGAAAGGGCUGGAAGAGCUCCUGUCAUACCGGCUGCUGUUCUGGAUGGAGGUGCUGAGCCUGAAGGGUACACUGGACAAAGGGGUGAGCAUGCUGUUGGGGCUUAAGCCAUGGGUGACGGUCAAAGGCGCAUCAUCUGACCUGAUCAGGCUACUGGACGACUUGUGGAUCUUUGUGUCAAAUCAAAUCAACUCUUUAGUAUUCUCUUCCGACGGACUGCUGCUUGUCUCUGGCUCUGAGGACGGUACAAUCCUUGUGCGAGACGCGCAGACGGGCAGUUGCAUAUAUGACGUCAUCAAGGGACAUGAAAGAGAAGUGACGUCAGUAUCGUUCUCACCCAAUGGCAAGCACAUCCUCUCAGGGUCCUGGGACCGGACAACGCGGAUGUGGGACAGUGGCAACGGAAGUCAAAUACCCAACUCCAUCAAACGCCAUCCUCACAAAGUCAACUGCACGGCAUUCUCUCCUGAUGGCAAGCAUAUUGCAUGUGGAUUGGAUAGCUUUGAGUGUCCCAUUAUCAUUUACAACGCAUCUACCAGCAAGUCUCUCCCAUUCAAUGUUUGUCAAUUCCCAGUGUGGUCAAUCGCCUUUUUGCCAAACAGCAAGCACCUUGUCACUGGCCAUUCUUUUGGUGAGCUGUGCGUCUGGAGUCUACAGGAUGGCACUGCCACACACUCCCCACCCAAAGUACACAACGACAUAAUCACAUCCAUUGGGUUUUUGCCGCUUGGAGACAAACUCGUCACUGGCUCUUGGGAUAGGUGCGUGUAUAUAUGGGAUGUAGAGAACGGCUACUCCAACCCUUGCCUACUUGGCACACACAACAAUGAGGUUUACUCCGCUGCGUUCUCACCCGACGGCACACGAAUUGCAUCAUACUCGAGGGAUCGCACGGUCAAGAUGUGGAAUGCACUUCACUCGACAUCAUCUCACACCUCACGCUCAAACACACCAACCAAGCGUGUCUUGUCGAUUGCUAUCUCGCCUGAUGGGUCGCGCAUUGCCGCAGCGGGUCGCGACAAAGCAAUCUAUAUGUUCAACACACACGAUGGCACUGCCGCUCUCCGGCCACUUGUCGCAAACAUGGGCGAGAUCUUCUCGGUGGUGUUCUCACUCGACGGCAAGUACCUCGCUUCUGGCGGCGACGACAAACGCAUAUAUCUGUGGGAUGCCAUAACCGGGGAGCUGCUCUCCGAAUCAAUUUCAUGCCAUGAGGCCAGGAUAUGGUCUGUUUCGUUCUCACCCGAUAGCAGGCACCUUUUUUCUGCCUCGUGGGACAAGACUAUACGCAUGUGGGACGUGGGGGGUGGGACUCUGGCGUACACAGACCUAGUUGGAGCACAUGACGACGAGGUCAACUCAGCGGCAUUCUCCUUCGACGGCACGCGUAUUGUUUCCGGCUGUAAAGACAGGAAGAUCCGGGUAUGGGACUCACAGACGCUAUCACUCGUAUUCGAUCCGUUUGGGUCGCAGCAUCAUGAACGGCCUAUCUGGUCUGUAACGUUCUCGCCUGAUGGCAGACUCAUCGUUUCUGGGUCCGGAAAUGGCACUAUCUGCAUUUUCGACUCGCACAGUGGUGAGUUGGUCCUCGGUCCUCUCAAGGCACAUCAGGAUUCGGUGUGGUCACUUGUGUUCUCACCCGAUGGGAAUCACAUCGUAUCUGGCUCGGCUGAUCGGAGUGUUCGAGUGUGGAGGGUGAAAGAUGGCGCUCCUGCAUGCGAGCCACUGGAAGGACAUCAAGAUUGGAUUAACUCGGUAGCAUGUUCACCUGACGGCGCAUAUAUCGUCUCAGGCUCAUCUGACUCGACGAUUCGAGUAUGGAAGGUGCCAGGAAGGGGCGCUGUAUCCGACUUAUCCCAAUCUGCCUCUUCGACCUCAGAUCAGAGAGAACCUCAUCGUGCAAUUGCCGGUGGACUGACGAUCAACAGACAUGGGUGGGCACGCAACCGCGACUCACAGCUACUUUUCUGGGUUCCAUCUGAUCUGCGCAAGGUCUUUCCUCGCCCCGAGAUAGUUUAUACGAUCGGACCUGAAGGCAUGCUUCGAGUGGACUAUAGUAAGCCGCUGUCGCUUGGGGAUGAGUGGCACCGAUGCUUUGUAGGCUGA